AAAAAGCAUCGCUGAAACAAUUCAACCAAAGAGCUCAGUUAUCUUGUCUUCUCCCAAAAAUUGCCCUUUGGAAAGCUGAAAAAUGCCGCUCAAGUUGUCGAAUGCAACCGUUUCAAGCUUUGAUAAGGUAUUCGAGAAGUUCAGAUCAGAAGCACCCAACCACAAAGCUAAUCUCAUUCUCUUCUUGGCUGACAAAGACCCUUCAACUUCUCUCAGCUGGUGCCCGGACUGUGUGAGAGCUGAACCGGUGAUAUACAAAACCCUGGAAGCAUCACCAGAUGAUAUAGCACUUCUGCAAGCUUAUGUUGGAGACAGACCAACAUGGAGGAAUCCCCAGCACCCAUGGAGGGUCGACUCAAGGUUCAAGCUCACUGGAGUUCCAACACUCAUCCGCUGGGAGAAUGACACAAUUAAAGGUCGCCUUGAGGAUCAUGAAGCCCAUAUCGAGAACAAAAUCAAUGCCCUUGUUUCCACCAAUUAAAUUCCUGUAUUUUCACAUGCAAGAUGGGUGAGAAUGCUAUAAAUUUUAAUUCCAUCUUAAACAUUUUACUGGCUUGUAAUGGUGCACUUAAAUAGCUAAUGAAUAAAGCAUCUACGCCUCUCGCAUGUUAGAUAACUUGAGGCUUUUCUUGCUGCA